CUUCGUCGUCACCGUUUGCCGCCGUCGUCCGCGCCCGCGCGCGCACUCGGACCGCCCGCCGCCUCCUAUUUCGUCCAGCAGCAGCAGCAACCACCGCCGCCGUUGCCACCGCCUCGGGCAGUGCGCUCGCGACACUCGAUCGGCGACACACACCGUAUACCACACGCGACUCUGCCACCUGCUCGCAGCUAUUGCAGUCGUAGUUUUCGUCGAAUAACCGUUUUUAAGUUUUUGAGAUUUAAAAAAAAAAAAACAAUAUUCAACAUUUCUGAUAUCGAUGAGCGCACGUUAAAAGUCAAUACGGUGUAUAUGCGUAUGGUAUAACUGUAGCUGGUUUAGCAUUUUUUUUUUCUUAUCUUUUCGAUGGACCGAAUGGAAGAGGAGCCGGCUGGCGGCGUAGACCUUGCACAGACUUCCGAUGAAAAAUGUAAGACAAGCGCCGUUGGUGACCGGUCGGAAACGAAGCAGACCGUCGGCGGUGGCGAACACCCGACAACCACUGACCGAACCAAUGCACACGAUCCGGAAGUAGAUGUCGUCUCCGGAGAUCGCGGCCGAUUGGUCGGCAAUCGUACCGGCGAGCAGAGGACGACCGGUGUCAGUUGGUCGGGAGAGGAGCGAAUUGCCGACGAGUCUCCGAUAGAGUGGGAAAACGGCGUCGAAUGCGCCAGAGAUUGGCGAAUCGUCGACGAUCGAGCCGAGGCCGCAGCGCAGAUUACCGACGAGGAAAUGCUGCCGCUCUUGUUGAUCAACGACGAACCGAGGGUCCGUGACCAAAUGGUUCAAGUUCCCAUUUCUCGCCUGCCAAGUAACACCAAGAGAUGUGUGCUCACGAUGGACGGUUAUUCGUACGUGAUCGUUGAACUACCAUCUUAUGGAGUGGCAGGCCCGCCAGACACUGAAGAUCCGUUUGAAGGAAACAGAGAUGACCCAGUAUUUAUGGACACAAACGAAGGCGCUAGUAGCUCACAGGACUCAGAUCAAAGUUCGAGACAAGGGGCGUUGACAAUUGUCCGCCGAAGCAGUCAAAAGAAGAGCACAUAUUCGGAAGAAUAUAGUAUGGCCUUGUCGAGAGAGAACGAAUCAAUGUUGGACGAUGUAGACCUCAGUCUCGAAGCGAUGCCGUCAUUUGAUUCGUCAGAAGCUGUUGAUAAGGCAGCACUCAGAUUGCGUUGUCUGUUGCGCCACUUGAGAAAGGGAGAGAUAUCGGCCGAAGUAUUGCACAAAAAUUUAUUUUUUGCUGCUAAAGUACUGGAAUCUGCAUUUUUGGACGAAGAACAAAUUAGUUGCGAUAUGAAAAACAGCCAAGAGGAAUUGGAGGAAAUUUCGAAGGCACCAGAACCGUCAACUUCAUCGGCGGCUGCAAUUACAUCUCCAGUUGUCCGACAAAAACGUCUCCGCGCACCCAUUUGGGCAAGGCGAUUGGCUGCCGAAGAGGACGACGAACUUUCGGAAGUUCAACCGGACGCGGUGCCACAAGAAGUCAGAGAUUGGCUUGCAUCUACGUUCACGAGACAGAUGGCUUGCACAAGGCGCAAGGGUGAGGAAAAACCCAAGUUUAAGUCGGUCGCACACGCCAUUCGCGCUGGAAUAUUCGUUGACCGAAUGUAUCGUCGUGUGAUCAACGCUCCGAUGAUGACGUUCCCACCAGACGUCAUCGAAGUAUUAAAGGAUAUAAAUGAUUGGUCUUUUGACGUAUACAAACUGAACAAUUACGGAAAUGGACAACCGCUGAAAUACUUGGGAUAUGACUUGCUCAAUCGCUAUGGAAUAUUUCAAAAAUUUAAAGUGCCAUCGGUAGUCAUGGAGAACUUUUUGUGCAGAAUUGAAGAAGGAUAUUCAAGACAUAAAAAUCCGUACCAUAAUAAUUUACACGGUGCUGAUGUCGCACAAACUGUCCAUUAUAUGCUUUGUCAAACUGGACUUAUGAAUUGGUUGAGCGAUUUGGAAAUAUUCGCCAUGUUAAUUGCUGCAAUUACACAUGACUUUGAACACACUGGAACAACAAAUAAUUUCCAUGUGAUGUCGGGCACAGAGAUUGCCCUAUUGUAUAAUGACCGCGCUGUGUUGGAAAACUAUCAUAUCAGUUCCACGUUCAGAAUAUUAAAAGAUGAGGACUGUAACAUUUUGCAAAAUCUUACCAAAGAAGAAUUUCGUGAGUUCCGUACACUAGUCAUAGAUAUGGUGCUAGCAACGGAUAUGAGUUUCCAUUUUCAACAGUUGAAAACGAUGAAGCAACUUUUAGCAUCGCCCGAACCUACAAUCGACAAGUCCAAAGCUAUGUCAAUGGUAUUGCAUUGUGCUGAUAUAUCGCACCCCGCCAAAGAAUGGGAUUUGCACUAUAGAUGGACAAGCCAAUUGUUGGAGGAGUUCUUUUUGCAAGGCGAUAUGGAGAAAAAAUUAGGACUCCCAUUCAGCCCGUUGUGUGACAGAAACAACACACUGAUUGCUGAGUCGCAAAUCGGGUUCAUUGAGUUCAUAGUUGAACCUAGUAUGACUGUGUGUAGUGAUAUGUUGGAACUAAUUUUGGGUCCAAUCAAUUUGGUUAAUGCAUCCAAGACUGUUGAUACGAAUUUGGUGGUUGACGAAAAUGACGAGAAAACAGACAAUUCGAACCAAUCUGACGUAGCUAUCGCAUGCACAGCAAUGAGCUGCAGUAUCGAAGAUAGCAAAGAUAUGAAAGAAAACAAAGAUAUGAAAGGUAGUAAGGAUGUAAUGGAUACUAAAGAAACCCAACAUAUCGAAAGUUCCAAAGAUUCGCCUUCUACAAGCAAGGAUACAAAACAUGAAGAAAAGUCUGACAAAGAAUCAAAACAAGAAACAAACGCUGAAGAUCCCAAAUCUAGCAACAAGUUGUACAAAAUAAAAAAGCCAUGGAACGAUUGUUUGGUCAUAAACAAAAAGAAGUGGAAGGUGCAAGCAGCUAGAGAAGCAAAACUUAGAGAGUCGAAGACAAAAUAUACAAUGCGUGACAUAAGAAUGCCACUUCCCGGUGAACUUGUACAAGACGAAGACAAAUCGUCUUCGACAGAUGUGGAGAUUGUUGAAUAAACGUCCAUGCUGCAGUUUGAUUUUUAACCAUAAUACGACUUUUGACUUGUAAUUAGACUCUCUUUAAAUAUUAGCAUCGUGUUGUAAAUAUUUAUUGGAAGUAGUCUUCUUAAAUUUAAGACAGUUUAAAAUUAUUUAAAUUAAAAUAUAAGGUCACUUUCAAAUAGGUAGGUACAUUAGAGGCAGUUAAUAUGUUUAAUAUUAUAUUUGUGUGUGUGGGUGUUUUUGCAGGGGGGGGGGGGGGGGGUGUUUGUGGUUGUGAGUGUGUUUGAGUGUAUGUAUAUAUUUAUCUAUAUGCGUGUAGUGCAUGUAUGCUUACAUAUUAUUUUGUUCAAUUAUUAUUAAUGUCAUUGUUAAUUUGUCCACUUUUAAUUUUUCAAUCACAACUAUCGACUUUUUUAAAUCAAUUUAAAUCUUUAGAAAUUUUACUCUACUAAGGAAUGAACAAAUAUUUAAUUGUCUAUCUAUAAUGUCUUUAUUAUCCAUGAUGAUCAUAUUAUUUCUGACAAAAAAAUUAUGUGAUUCUAAAUCUAAAUUAUUUUUAAUACAUUAAUUUCAAUGUUAAACUUGAAACUUGACUAGGGGUGAAAUAAUAUGUAUUAUAAUAUAAUAUUGUGCAGAAUAAAAUUGAUAUUGGCUAUAUUUCAAGAAAUUGUAAAAAUGGUAGUUAAAUAUAAGUUGUUGAUAAUAGUUAGUGAGCUUAAAUUGCUGCAUUUCAUUUCUCGUUGAUAUAAGUUGACAGUUGUAGUUUAAUACUACAUUAUGUUUAUGACAUACCUACGUAGAACAACAUUAUUGUUCAAAAUAUGCUCAUAUCUAUCAAAAUAUUAUUCUGCUUUGCUCAAUUACAUAUUGAAAAACUACCUAUUCAAAUUGUGUGUGCAUAACAAAGUAUAAAAUACAAUUUAGGGGGUUAGUGCAUUCCAAUUUUCAUUAUAACGGUUAAAUUAUUAUUUUUCUUUACCAUAACGUUUAUUAUAGACAUUUUCGUUUCUAGGAUGCACUUAUAGUGCAUUGUGCACAUAUCGUCGGAGAGGAAAUUACUUUGCCAAGAUUUAAAAAUUCCGACAUAUUGUGUUGUUUGUUUAUCGAAUCGUCGGCUUUAUUCUAACUAAAUCAGCUGUUCAUAUAUUAUAUAUAUGGAUUAUUUAUAAGCUACAAAGUUAUAAAAUUUGGUAUAAACAAAUGCAAACGUGUGCCAUAAAAAAAAUUUGAAAAUUUAAAAAACUUAAAAAUAAUUUAUACAAUGAACCAUACUUCUUAUUGUGCAAUGUACAUUUACUAUGAACAUAAUUGUUAAAAAUUUGUUUGGUCGAUGGUUGAAGUUUAACAUUUCUAUUUUCUGUUGUACAUAUUAUAAUGUUACACAUAGGUAAUAUCAUAAUAUGAUUUUCAGGUUAUGAUAUUAGGUACUUCGGUAUCGGAUAGGACGCUGUGGCGAGCAAAAAGAGCAUUUGUAAAAACUAUAAAAACAUCUGUAGGCAAUAAAGAUUUGAGCAGGACUUUGCUUUCCGAAAUAGAGAAAUGAAUCCGUCACUGACUUAGCUAAAUAGAUGUGUAAUCCUUAGGGCUGAAUGCAUUUCAAACAUAUAUUAUAACAACAAAUCACGAGUUUCGUCGAGUAAGGUACUAUACUACUAUGAUGUACAUACUCAGAUAGAAAACAAUUAGGAUAUCAUCGAAUAUAGAGUUGAUUUAAUUGAAACGAUGUAGAUUAGUAUAUUAUAUUACAUUAUAAUAUUAUUAUACAUUAUACAUUUAAAAUAAUAGGUAUAAGGUUAUAUAGUAUAUUACAUUUCCUUAAUACAUAACCUUAUAUACGAUUUUGAUUUUCAUAGGGAGGGGGGAUUCCAAAUCAAUAAGUCACAGAUUGGCGAGUGGCUUAUAAACAUUUAAAAAUAUUUUAAAUUACCUAUUACCAAGUAGGUAAAUUUAAACAUUGGUGAAAUAAUAUGAUCAUUUUUAUUGAACAUAUUAAUUGCUUGAGUUAUAACUAGUAUCUUUUUUUUUUAAUGAAUGAAUGAAGGGGGCUUAACUGAUUGGGCCUCAUAUUCCUGGUUUGAUUUAAUUUUCACUUAUUACAUUUUUUUUUUUUAAACAAUUUAAUUUAAAUUCAAAAACAAAAUUUAAAAAUUAAAAAAAAUAUAUUAGUUUUAGUUGUUUUAUUCAGUAGGUAUAGUAAUAAUCUAUUAAGUGUUUAUUUGACAAUUUAUUAUUAUAUUAGUGAUUAAUCCUUAAAAUCUAAAUUAUCCAGUUGUUCCUUUGCUUGUAAUGACCCACAAAAACUUCAUGUUUUUGUUGGUGUCUUAUAAAAUGUAAUGUCAGUUAAAGGAAAGAACCCAAAAAAAUAAUUCAUUAGAGUUUUUAAUUGACUUAAUUAUAUAAACACAUAGGUUUUAAUAAUGUGUUUUCAUCUUUAAAAUAUCAAAACUGUGAGGAUUUAUUCAUACUACAUUUAUUAAACAUAGGUGUAAGCACCUUUCAUCGUCGAUUUUAAUACAAUGGCGCACAAACUAUACUCUUAAGUGUCUGAAAUGCUGACAUUCAUUUUUAAAAUGGCUGACUGAUUAAUUGGUGGUGAAUUGUGUGGUUUAUAAAGAGCAAUAGUUAAUAACAAGAAAAUAUAAAAAAAUAAAUAAAUGUAUAGAAUUUAAAAUGUUUGGCGAUAUGGUUGCGCUUUAAUUUGAGGCACUCUUUAAAAGGACAAUGUGCGUCACAAAUGUUGAAUAAAAAUUUAAAAUUGAAUAAUUAUAUUAUAAACUUUAUAUUGAUGUUUUUUUCCAAUUAUCUUGAUGUUCUCUCAAAUAUAAUAUAGGAACUUUUUGUUUAAUAUAAUAUUAAUUGUUUAAUGUAAUGUGUUAAAAAUAUAUAAUAAAUAUUUUAAGUACAUAAGGAGACGGGAAGUAUUGAGUAGUAACACAUAGAAAAUAAAUUUCUUUUUAUGUUAUUAUAUGAUAUUAUAUAACAUGCGUUUAAAACAAUGAUCUUAGAUCCGACCAAAAAUAACUAUUCACCCGUCCAUUAAUAUUGAUUAUUGUACAAGCAAACACCAUUUAUAUUGUAAUUAAUUAUUAAUGAUCAAAAUAUUAUAUAAUAUCUGUAUGAUUACUUUUAAUAAUAUAAUAAAAAUACAGUGCCAAAUUUAAAUAAAUUAAGUGGUAACAUUCAGUUCUACGCAUUAAUAUUUAAUACAAUAUUAUACAUUUUAGAUAAUAAGUGGUUCAGAAACCUAUUAGGCGCCGUUGUGAGACUCUCAUACACCACAGGUGGUGUUUCAAUAAUUAUAGUUAUUGCUAUUUUCAAUAAACGAAUAAGUGAUUUUUCCUCGAUUAUUGACAUUUUCCAGUUGACCACCACUUAACUACCACCUAAUGGCGGUGAACAAAAA